AAACAGAACAACAUCAAACCCACCCACUUGGCUUCCUCUCUCUACUCUGUUAAGGUUCUUUGGGUUCGGUGGCCAUGAGCACAAACACAAAACACAGUUACAAACUCUGUGUCAGAAGAGCCACAAGAAGAAGAAGAAAACAACAUCAACCACAAAAAAGAAACGCUCCUACCCCAUCAAAAUUUGGCUUCAUGGCUCAUAGAAGCUUCAAACCCAUAGAGGGAAAGUGCAAGUCCAAGCUCUCACAAAAGCUUCAAGCACUUAAGAGCCUAAUACCUACCCACAAUGGAAACACAGUGAAACCUGAUCAAUUGUUCAAGGAAACUGCUGAUUACAUCGUUUUGCUUAGGACCCGUGUCGUGGUUUUGCAGAAGCUCAUAGAGUAUUAUGGGAACAACACUGAGGAUGAUAAUGUUGUGUUGUUAUAG